AUGGAGGAACUCCCCUUGCUUCGAGCCAAGGAGAAUCAGGUGAGGGAGACAACAGGGCCCUCUGUAGGACCGGGGUCUUACGAUCUAGAUAAGCGGACCGUUGCCAACUUUAGUCGUGCACCUUUCAACAGCACCAGUCUUCGACAGAAUCUCCUGUCUGCCGACCGCGAGUUUCCUGGGCCUGGUGCAUACAACGUUCUCGCGGCACCGAGCAGCCAGACUUUCGGGGUGGGGUCACAGCCCUUUGUGUCGGAAUCCUCUCGCUUUGUCGCAGCAAACUGCAACGACACCCCUGGACCUGGCUCCUACGAUGUCACGAAUUAUAGGAGCACACACAAGAAUCCAAAAUCGUACACGUUUUCUGGACCAUAUGAGAGUGCACUCGACAGCGGGCUUGGCGGGAGCAUCGGCCCUGGUUGCUACAACCCAAACUACGCCGCUGCGGACCGCAGGUUUCCCAAAGCGGCCGAAUUUGCGAAAUACAGUAGCCGAAAGCCAACGAGACCACCAGCGGGCCCAGGCCCGGGAAGCUACGAUCCACGGUUACAGCCGCGAACGCUUGCCGCAAUGAAGCCGUCCUCAGUGUUUGUAACGAAAACCAGCAGAUCUCUUUGUGGUGGCAAUGAUCUCGGCGAUUCACCUGGGCCCGGCACUUACGAGAUAGGGAUGGGCUCAGAGCGAGGCGGAACAAUUCCGAGCGAGUAUUUCUCGGCCUUUGGCUCAUCUUCUUCCCGGUUUGUUCACGGAAAGGAGGGCGAUGCGCCGGGACCCGGUGCGUACACAGGGGAGAUUGCGCCGCGUCGUUUUCGCCCGCGCACCGGAAGCGGCUCUGCCGCUUUCGUUUCAGCGUAUCAACGUUUUCCAGCUUUGAUGGCGGCGCCGACGCCGGGUCCUGGAACCUACGACGCACGACGCCCACGCCGGCACCAGGAUUUUGGCGAGCCCAUGCCGUUUGGAUCAACAGUACCCCGAUUCAGCCCGGUGUGGUCGCAGCACCCGCAAUCUGAGCCGCUCAUCUUUUCUGGAGACCCCUACAACUGCCGGGCCCCGAACAAGCGAAGAGUGCGUUCUUUCAUACCAGGAAAGAUCCAGCCAUCGAGCGCGCCACCUCCGCUGCAGGAGCGGUCGUACGAUGUGCGGUAUGACUGGCCCAAGCCCGCGUCUAUGGCGAACACCACGUUUGGCAUGUCUGAACGUCCGCCUCUUCACUGCACCCAUGCAGUUCCUGGCCCAGGCAGCUACUGUAAGUUGGGUGACACAGCUCCUACUGGCCGCCGCUACGGCAACUCCAACUGGGGCCGCGAUGUGCGGUUCACCGACGCGGCACCGUUUUCAGGAUCGCCGGAUCCUGGCAAGUACUAUCACGCAAGCACCUUUCUCAAGAAGACGUUCAAUUCCACGAUCGGCUCCGACACUGCGUGGAUUGAGUAG